AUGGGACCAGACAACGCCGAAGACCAGCACAAAGCAAGAUUCGCCGUCCAUAUGUCAAGCUUCUCGAGUCGCACCAUGGACAAGUCGUCUGUGCCCUUUACUGUCCGGGUUCUCGAUGACGCCGUCAAUCCCGCAGUAACAGUGCAGGAGCCAAGAGACUGGAGCGAUCUGCUACCGGCAACGAGCCGAACCAAGCACGAUCACAUCACUGUGCCGCAAGCCGACGACAUUGAAUUUCUGGAACAAGAGCUGCUUGUCCGACGACUCAACGAUGUCCAGGAUCUUCUCUGGAUCUGCGGCCGUCCAAUGCCGCCUCGGCCUCUGCAUUACCAGACGAUAUCGCGCGAGAUCCACAUCACAGAGAACCCCGAACUGCAUCUCGUCUGGGCCAAGAAUCGAAUUUUCGUCAAGCCGAUACCACGGUGGCUGCUGAGCCCAGACUUCUGGGUCGCCAACUUAGUCGAAGCCUCGGGCGAUCAGUCUGAUCCACGGAAGCAGCAGCUUGUCUCCUGCGCGCUCGGUUUCCUCUUCACUUACACAGCCCUCAUCGCGUAUGAGAGCGACUUCCGCAUAGCCGUCGAAAGAGGCCUGCUCCCGGAUCGGAUGAACUGGUACCAGUGGAAGGCAAUAUCGGCCCAGAUCGCGCAGAACCAUUGUUAUGCGUCCGUCAACCCGCGGUACUGGUACGGCGAGCUUCGUCUCAGUCGACUGAACAAGAUUUACCGCGUCCGCCUGGGAUACUUGCUCCGGGGGUAUUCCAAGGUAGUCUCUCACGCCGUGUACGAAGAUUUGAUCCGGGACAACUUUGCAACGCUGGCGGCGAUGCUCGGUUAUGUUGUCAUCGUCUUGACAGCGAUGCAGGUCGGCUUAGCCACGGACAGACUCGUUGGUGACAGCGCGUUCCAAAGUGUGAGCUAUGGCUUUACAGUCUUUUCGAUUCUUGCGCCACUCAUCGCCGGCGUAUGCAUAAUUGGAAUCGUAGUGGUCAUGUUUGUGAGCAGCUGGGGGGUAACGAAGGUGUACGAGAAGAAGAGAUUCCAAGAGAUGGGUGUCGAGCCAUUUUGGAGAUUUCAGAAGACAGCCAUCCAGUACACGAAGGUAGAAUCGAAGCAGGAGGCUAGAGAGUAG